CGGGAAAGCAAUUUCGAUCGGGGGCGGAUUAACUGCAGGGACCAAAAAAUUUACAAGUAUUCAUCCAGUACAUCUCGGUAACUGCGUGUCGAUAUUGCCGCUCCAAAUCAAACAUGCGUCAAGGGCUUUAUUUGUUACGGUAACCAGAGCGACGACGAGGUUCAGAGGGAUUCUGCGUUCCUGAGUUCUCAACAUCCAUGGCGAUGCUAGGGAAUCGUCGCCUUCGUUCCAUCGAAGGGCCAUUGAAAAUAGCCACGCCGUGCAUAUAACAUCGAGUUUUCGCAUUUGGAAACCUGCUGCUAAGCGACAUCUACGCAGGGAGUAUAAGAUAAAUGGCUCCAUCGAACAGUGCUCAAAAAUCAGAACCAGUCGACCAUUCACUUCUUUCCUCGGUAGUCUAAACGCAAGAGCAUCUCGUCAUGGGAGGUGAUGGUGUACCAGUCAACAAUAAUAGGACAGAAAUGAAUGUCACAAGCUACAAUUACGAUCUUAUAGACAACAAUUUGGUGCAAGUUGUAUUUUUGUUGGUAUACACGUCAAUUUUCGUUCUUGGAAUAUUCGGUAACGUUCUGGUCUGUUACGUUGUGAUAAAAAACAAGGCCAUGCAAACUGUCACGAAUUUAUUCAUAACGAAUUUAGCGCUGUCGGACAUUCUGCUGUGCAUAUUCGCAGUGCCCUUCACUCCGAUCUACACGUUCCUCGGCAAAUGGAUAUUCGGCAGCCUCAUUUGUCACCUGCUGACAUUCGUUCAAAGUAUAAGUGUGUAUAUUUCAACAUUGACUCUCACUUCGAUUGCGAUAGAUAGGUAUCUCGUUAUCAUAUAUCCAUUUCAUCCACGAAUGAAACUGACUACAUGUAUCAUCAUCAUAGUCACCAUUUGGAUAUUCGCCAUUCUUGUUACGUUGCCGUACGGCUACUACACCAAACAUGUGGUUGGUAAUGCAACGAAAGGAGGAACCAAAUACUACUGUGAGGAAAGCUGGCCUAACGAAGGCAUCAGGAAAAUAUUUGGCGGCAUCACAUCCACAAUGCAGUUCGCCAUUCCGUUCUUGGUCAUGGCAUAUUGUUACAUUUGCGUUUCUGUCAAACUCAACGAUCGUGCCAAAAGCAAACCGGGAUCGAAAACAUCGAAAAAAGAGGAGGCCGAUAGGGAGAGAAAGAGGAGGACGAACAGGAUGUUGAUAGCUAUGGUCGCAAUAUUCCUAAUCUCCUGGAUGCCGCUGAACACCGUUAAUGUUAUCUUCGAUUUUUACACCGAAAUAGACGAAUGGGAGUACAGUUUAUUCAUCUUUUUCCUGGUUCACGCCAUCGCUAUGUCCUCAACGUGCUAUAAUCCAUUUUUGUACGCGUGGUUGAACGAAAAUUUCCGCAAAGAAUUCAAGCUCGUACUGCCAUGUUUCGAUAAGACUGCGACUAGGAUGGGUCCUAGAAUAACCAAUUGCAAAUCAGAUCGCACCUGCGAAGCGAAUAUCGAUACGCAGAGAACUUUAAUUUCUUCCAGGAAAUGUUCUACCGUAUCGUUAAAUGAUAGGAAGAUAAAUUCGCCGCCCAUUAAAGUUGACAGUGUAGAGGUUGAAAACGUUUUGAUAACCAUACCAAGCGCUAUUUACGACCCUUUAGAUGACACUGUGAGGUUGAGGCUCAUCACGGAGGAGGAUGCUUCCUACGAACCUGAUGAACGCGAAGUCAAUAAAAAAUAACUUAUUCUCAUAUUAUUAUUGUUGGUGAGACCCAUUAUUCAACAUUUCCUCGAUAAUGUGAAAGCCCCGAAAAUUAAUAAUUAUUUACAACUUCGAACAAUAGAUAUAUUUUUGUAAUAUGGAAUUUUUGAACACAUAAGUAUGAUUCGAAAGCAAAAAUUAAGUAAAUUCAAUUACCCCAUACUGUACGCAUCUUGUAAGUGCAUGUGGUUGAUACAUUCGGAAGAAUGUGGUGUUGAGUAGAUAAGCGAAAAAUAUUUUUCAGUGAAAAUGGAGAUU